AGGAAUGGCUUGUCGUCGUAAAGAUUCUCAAGAUUGAUAGAUCAUGGUGGUACAACGCAUGCAAAAAAUGCCUUAGGACAACCAAACCACACGGUGACACAUACAAGUGCACCAAUAAUUCCUGUGACAGCAUAGGAUCGCCUACCCCAAGGUACAAGAUAUCCCUCACCGCUGAAGAUGACACUGACACUGCCGAGUUUAUCUUCUUUGGACGAAUGGCGCAGCGCCUCAUUAAAAAAAUGUGGACACCCUCAUCUCGACUAAUCCACCCGGUUUCAUUCCAAGAGAAAUUACAGAUCUACUGGAAAAGUCUUUCGAGUGGAAUGUUAGCUUCACCGAAAGCACAAUUAUUUAUGGCAGUGUUUCCUUCCAAGUGAAUGCUAUAAACGCAGAAAUGGAUGGUGGCAACAUGCUUCCAACUACACCGUCCUCACAGCCGUCGUCGACCAUACUUUCUCAAGUAGGACACGGAUCAGGUGUCGCACAAAACAGAGGGGCUGCCUUCAUCCGCGAGUCGUCACUAACACCAGAGAGUCACAAAGUUUCAUCUAGCGCCAAGUGUAACAUACAGACAACCCCACAUCAGGGAGACAAUCUGCUGCAAGGAACAGAGAUUAUCACUUCUCCGCCUAACGUGCAGGCGCCAUCAGGAGCUGCUUACAGCGUGCUAGAUGGGUCUACAAACAAGGCUCACAAAAGUGUUGUCGGAAAAAGGUCUCGAACAUCACCGUCCAAGAAGGUUGCCAAGAAACUUUUUAGAGAUGAAGACACAGGAGAUGACGAUGUUGCUGGUUCCGCAGACGUUGAUGCUGAGUAACGUUGCAGUGCUUUUGGACACGAGCACCACCAGCCAUGGAGACCCGCUUUUGGGAACUAAGGAUCGCUUUUGGGAACUAUCCCAGUUCAUCUAGGUUACUCUUAGAACUUGCCUCCCCUGCUGUGCAGGGAGUAUGGUUUUAUGCUUGUAAGAUAUGAGCAGCGCUAUGCUGUGUGCUUCACUGCAAGUUAUGUAUUUUGGUGCUUCUAGGGUACUAACUGCUCAUAACUGUUCUAUGCGUGCGAUCUUGCGAGGACCAUACUCGCGGUAUGUAAAGCAUGCCUAUGUAGUCUAGGCCUGUACAAGACAUUUCUUCCCUUGGUGCUUGUACUAUUUCUCUUUGUCGUUCUGUGCUACUACCAGCCAUCUGUUUG